CGUUUGCUAUACAAUGGGUUAUGUGGGUCUCCUUGGCUGGCAAGCUUGAACCGCAUCUUCAGUCGCAAGCAGUGGCCAACAAGUUCUUAAUCAUUUCAACCCAAAAAUAAGACAGAAGCCCAAAGCAGAAUACGGUUGAAUAAACUGAAGCGCUACGCUCGAGUACUGUCUGAUUAGCUCCUCUGCUCUUCAAUGGCUUCUCUACUGAACCCACCUCUAACUUUGCCUCAAAAAAAGGUCAAUUGCGGAAUUGGUGCUGCUGCUGCAACAGUUACUCUACCAAACGGAAACUUUCAGCCUACUGUAAGAACUGCUGGAAAUCAUAGGCAUCAUUUGGUGGUAAACGCUAAAUCAUCUACACAAGCAGAUAUGCUUGAGAAAGAUUCUGUCAGUAUUGAAGGUGUUGAUGACAAGAGUGAUUUUGGAGUUGUAAGUAUGCAUCAUGUUGGGAUCUUAUGUGAGAACCUUGAAAGGUCACUGGACUUUUACCAGAAUAUACUUGGUCUAAAAAUAAAUGAGGCACGACCACACGAUAAGCUUCCAUAUAGGGGUGCUUGGUUGUGGGUUGGUUCUGAGAUGAUACAUUUGAUGGAGCUUCCAAAUCCUGACCCGCUAACAGGCAGGCCCGAACAUGGGGGUCGAGAUCGGCAUACUUGCAUAGCAAUUCGAGAUGUGCCAAAGCUGAAAGCAAUUCUGGAUAAAGCUGGUAUUGCAUACACCCUUAGUCGCUCUGGAAGGCCAGCCAUAUUUACACGUGAUCCAGAUGCCAAUGCACUAGAAUUCACGCAAGUGGAGGCCUGAUUCAUGUCAACUUCUAUGGUUUGAAUAAGAUGCGUCCAUCAGUAUACCAUUUUGAGGUUUCUUACUUUGUACAUAAGCAGUGAUGGUGAAGUACUAAUUAACCCCACAAAUAUUUUCAGAAUAUCGCAAUGUAGACACUGCUUAAUUGACAGUCUUAAGUGAUUACUGCAUGAAUGUAGACAUUCCAUGUUACUAUAA